AUGAAUUCGAAGCACAAGCAUCGAUCAUCUAGUACGAAAGAUGUUCGUAAACCCCAAGUUUCUCAUCGAGGGGUGAUUUUUAGAGAAAUACCUGCCCUUACUUCUCCUUCUUUGAAAAAUCGAUUGGCUGCUGAUAUGGAAAAACAACUCUCCAAGAAGAAAAAUUAUCGGGUGAUUCUUACAUCUGAAGCUACUGCAGAUGAGGGUGAAACUAUUCCUGAGACACCUGAGGCAAAUUUUCUUAAAGAUUCUUCUCAUGUGGAUAUAUCUGUUAUUACACCACCCGAAGUUUCGCUAGCCAAGACAGUUAUUGUGGAGGCUCGAACUUCUGACAUCACUUUAAACAUAUCUGAUAUGGAUACAAAUGUCAUCAUGGGUGACGACGAUUUGAAUAAACUUUCAACCAAUGACAAUAAAAAAUUCAUGGAGGUGUUCACACUUUUGAAAGAGCUUAAAAGUCUAUCUUCCAAGUCUACUGCGUCUGUGCUAUCUUCGAAAGAUCUGAUCCAGAAAUUUUCUAAGUUUAAAGAGUUACUUAUCUAA